GUAGUUCAGACCACAUUUUCAUUAGCUGUAAAGAGUAUAAAUAACCAACGAAAUACAUUUAGAGCACAUUUUUAAAUGAAAUAGCCAACGAAAUACAUGUUAGAGCACAUUUUGAAAUGAAAUUGCUAAUCGACUUUUUGUGCCUUUUGGCGGUUUUUGUCUCAACAGUUCAGAGUGCAGGAGAGCGGAAGGCUUUUUGUUACCUUCCCCACGAGUUUGGUAAAUGUGAUGGCCAUCGCAUUAUGUGGGCUUUUUCGAAUAAGCAACAAAUGUGCGUGCCAUUCGCUUUCUCCAAUUGUGGCGGUAAUGAAAAUCGCUUUUUUACCAAGGAAAACUGCGAGAAAGCUUGCGCACCAAUUCAAUCUCGAUUUGUUCUCUCUAAUUAGAUAUUGGAAAUAAUAAUAUUUUUAUACAAGUGAUAAACCAACGAAGCUAUCAUUAUUUUACUGGCUAUAUUAACUACUAACUUUUCUAUUGAAGGGAGUUAUAAUUUACCUUUUAGCACAAUAAUAGCAAAAGGAAGUUGUGGCAAUAGAAGCGGUUUUUUACCAAA